GGUUAAGCUGUACGUUGGUAGUUCUACUAGCAGCGCUGUCAGUGCGAAGUGCUCCGAUAAUGAAUUCCCCAAAUAAAGCGGAUGAUAUGAAAUGGGUGAAUCCUUGUGGUGUCUCUACGAAAUUACGAACAAACGGUUCCAAUCCGGACAUUGCUCAGUUGGAGGACCAUGAUCUCCUCAACCAAAUAGUACUCCAAGCGAGAACGGCAUUAAAACAUGCACAACUAUUUAGAGAUGAUUUUAUCAGACAAACUUUCAAGACGGACUUUGCCAGUGUCCACAAUUUGUGGAGGAAAUAUCAUUACACUUGGCUACCUACACGAACUGAGAUACCCAAAGAACUGGGAGAGGAACUGGAUAAGGAGCAUCUCAACAAAUUGGACAUUAACACGUCUCUCAUCGAUGCGUACGAAUAUAUGCAGAAAUAUGCGGUGGGCUUAGAGCAGGUAGUUUGGGAUCAAAAGGAUUAUCAGCCUAAGUAUCAUCAGAAAUUCACAGAAGCCGAAUGGAAACUACGAGCGGUUCUGUGUGAGAUCCAAGUUGCUAUAGAAGAACGUAGUGUAACGCGACGGCCGGAUGUCACUCGAGAUAUUAUGCCACCUGAUUUCCGAAAGACAACAGACAUGACGUCCCGUGACCUGCGUGACUGGCUAAUUUUCCGUGAAUAUAUGAAUGGUCUCGAGUAUGUGAUACAAGUAUUUUCACAUCUACGCCUACGCCUGUAAUCUACACAAUUCUGAAGAUCCAUAUGGUAAAAGCCGAAGAAGGGCUACCAGACGACGCUUUCAUCUUACAAAAUUAACUGAUGACUCCAUUUUCCUGAAGAGGUGUAGGGAAGAAGAUAGAAGAGACAGAAGGAUUAUCUUCUGAUUAUUAUUUAAACCAUUUUAACGAAAUGUCUCUCUACAACGAGGAUCGGGCUAUUUGUUGGUAUCGACGAUAAGAACUAAUAUUGUCGAACCGACUGAUAUACCGCGUCACAGUAUCUGCAUUGAGCUUCUAUAAUAACUUUGAAAUAGAAGUGCCAUCAAUGUUUUCGACACCUUAUAUUUAUCACCCUCUUUGACACUCUUUAAUGGUACGGAACCAGAUAGAAUGGAGAGAAAAAAAAAAGAAAAAAACUGCGUCGUUAUUGGUCUACUGGCUUUCACCGUUUCACGGCCACAUACACAUAAUCAUGCAUAUUCACACAAACUAUGAUUUCGCGCGAAGAUGCCCUACAAACGUGUGUGCGUAUUUGAUUUUAUAUACGAAAAAGAAAAUAGAGUUAUUCCUCUUUAUGUAAGUCAAUGGCUCAAUUGUUUAACAUUGAACGUAAAAUAACUUCCGAGAUCAUUAUUACAUAUCACGAUUAUCUU